CCGCGGGGCCGCGUUUCCGGGUGCGGCGGGAGGAGGCCGCGGGCGGGCGAAGGAAAGCUAAGGUGGCAAACCUGCCCCUCCCGGCUUAGCCGAAGAUGAGCUCUGCGCUUUGAUCUGGCGGCUGUCUCUGGCUGCCCCGAUUCAGGUCUUUCAAACCACUUUCCCUGCAAGCGCAGCGAGCAUAUGGAGCUCUCUGAGGCUCAGAUCUGGCGUGGUGAAAGGAUCCCUGGAAACGAAGAACAAAGGAGCAGGAACACAGAGAAGUCGGCUGUCGGAGCGGCAUUGUUUCCAAGGGCACGGUUUCCGUAAGGCAUACGCCAGACAUGACGGGGUGUAAUGAGUGACCAGGCUUGUCCCCAGCACUGAGCCACCGGAGCCGCCGGGAACUGGGCCAGGAUGCCAAUCCCUCCUCCCCCGCCGCCGCCUCCCGGCCCCCCGCCACCUCCCACCUUCAGCCAGGCAAACACAGAACCGCCAAAACUGAGCCGAGAGGAGCAGCGGGGCCGUGGAGCCCUCCUGCAGGACAUUUGUAAAGGGACCAAACUAAGGAAAGUGACACAAAUCAAUGACCGGAGUGCACCCAUCCUGGAGAAGCCCAAGGGCAGCGGCGGCAGCAGCUUCAGCUCCAACUCAGCUGCCAUCCAGCCCAAGGGUGGCCUCUUCCAAGGCGGCGUGCCCAAGCUGCGGCCCGUGGGAGCCAAGGACAGCUCAGACGGCUCCAGCAAGCAAACUCUGCAAGUCCCCGGCUCCAGAGCAGCCGCCCCCCGACCCCCUGUGCCGGCCAGCAACAGCCGACCUCAGGAUGAUGCUGACAACAGUCGGGCUUCUCCGCCGGAGCUGCCGCGCACGCAGAGGCCGUCCCUGCCGGACCUCUCCCGGCCCAACACCGCCGGUGGCACCGGCAUGAAGCACAGCUCCUCCGCCCCGCCGCCUCCCCCACCGGGCCGCCGUGCUGCAGCACCUCCCGCUCCUCCUCCGGCACACGGCGCCAAAAUCUCCUCCUACAACCGGGAGAAGCCCCUGCCACCCACCCCGGGACAGCGACUGCCCGGCAGCAGGGACGGACCCCCCGCCCCGCCAUCCAUCAAGCCCCCUCCCUCGCCAGUCAGUAUCCGAACGGGGUCGGGGGCUCAGGGCCAGUCCCUCGCCCCCCCGCCACCCCCUUAUCGGCAACCCCCCGGUGUCCCCAACGGCCCUUCCAGCCCCGUCAACGAGUCCGCCCCAGAGCUGCCACAGAGACACAACUCCUUGCACAGGAAGACCCCGGGCCCUCUGCGGGGUCUGGCACCGCAACCGCCCGCCUCAGCCUCCCCGUCUCUCCAGAGCAGUCGCCCCCCUCCACCGGCCCGAGACCCCCCCAGCCGGGGCGCAGCCCCACCGCCCCCUCCGCCGAUGCUGCGAAACGGGGGGCGUGAUGCCCCCCCACCUCCACCCCCCUACAGACUGCACGGCUCCACCGACCCCCCCAGCCGAGGGAAACCACCACCACCACCCACCAGGACACCGGCGGGGCCACCACCGCCACCUCCACCCGUGCGGAACGGGCACCGGGACUCCAUCUCCACUGUCAGAGCAUUCCUGGAUGACUUUGAAUCCAAAUACUCCUUUCACCCUGUCGAAGACUUCCCAGCCCCAGAGGAAUUUAAAUACUUCCAGAGAAUCUACCCCAGCAAAACAAACAGAGCUACACGUGGGGCCCCCCCUCUGCCCCCCAUUCCCAGGUGAAAGCAGGCUGCCCGGGUGGAUUGUUCCUGAGCAGAGCCGGAUCUCCUUCCCCUUCCUCCCGACGGACCCUCCCCACCUCCCUGCCCCCAGGAUCCUGCAUGAGAAUCUCCCAGUGGCUUUGGUUUUCUCAACCACGCCAAGACCCACGGACGCCCACAGCCCCACGCUCCCUUCCAGCCCCCCCACCUUCAUCUCUGCAGCUCCCUCCAGGACUCACUGACCUUCCCACCAACCCCAGAUGGGUCCUGUCCUCCUCCCUCGUCACAGAUCCCAGGUUGUGCUGGCACCGUGUGUGUUCUGGCAGCCUGGCACCAGGGCUCAGGGCAGCCACCGAGCCACGCGUGGCUGGACGUGGGGACCAGGGGGGGUUUGGUGCCCUGGUUUUUUGGGCCAGGGCUGAACAAGGGCUUGGAGAAGAGCCAGGCUGGGGCAGGGGAUGGACACUGCAGGAUCUCCGGGACAGGCUGGUGGAGCCUCGUUAGCCCAGCGUGGCUGAUUGCUUUUUUGCACAGGAUCCAGGGGAGGAGUGGAGGGGGCGUGUGGGACCAUUUAGGAGCCCCUGGAGGUGCUGGGCAGGGGCUGUGGGGGGCACCCCAGAACCACCACAGUCACUGGCUUCAUUGCAGCUCUGGGUGGAGCUGGGCCUGGCGGUGACAGCUCAGCUUUUAACACUAAAUUACCAAACUAGAGCGUUUUAACAGGAAGACACUAAUUGUCUGUGGGGGAAGCUGGGGGUGCCAUUAUGGGGGUGGGGGGCACGGCCCUGUGCUGGGGGGGGGUCCUGGCUGACAUUUUGCCUUACACACUGCCCUGCCUGGCUGUACUGGGCUGGCAUCUGUAUUUACUCACCAUACCGUGGGGGCUGGACAUUAACUGUAGUUACUGAUCAGUUUUAUACGUUGUAAAACGCUUGUACUGUGGGAGGAAGGUGGGUGCUGGGGAGGGGCUCAGUCCUCUUCCCCCAACGGUUUUGGGGUUUGUUUUGUGUUUUUUGGUUGGUUGUUUUUGGGUUUUUUUUCCCCAUUUUUUUUGUUUGUUUUUGUUUUGUUUUGUUUCGUUUUUAUACAAAGAGGGAAACUCCCUGUUGAGGCUGGAGGCAGCAAGAGAGACAUUGGGGGGGGGGGGUUCUCUGGAGGACAAGCCCACCCCCAGCGCUGCUGUUUCAUUUAAUUAAAGGUUAAAAAAAAAAAAAACAAAACAAAACGGUUCGCCCCGGGGGCCAGGGGCUGUUUAAGAGGGAACAGAAUCAAACUGAGGAGCUUGAAAUCACAUUUAAAUAAAAGUAAUAAAG